UUUAUCUUUAGAAAUGAUCUGUAGAUACUCUGAAAGGGAUAGGUACAUGGCCCUCUAGACACUUGAAAAGAAACAGUUCUUGUACACUAGUGACAGAUUGCUUGAAGACCUUAUUUAAGAAUAUUUCCUUUGUUAAUCUUUCUCUAAUUUACAGGAGUCGCAGCCAUGUUCUUCCUGCUAUGGGUUCUGAUAUCAGAGGUGAGUAUGUCUCCUGCCAACCUGUCUGUGCCCAUGGUCUCAGAUGCAGGCUGGUUGAAGAGACAGGGCUUUCCUGUGAUCUGGAACAUGCCCACUAAACGCUGCCAGCAUCGCUUUGGGGUUUCCCUGCCUGUGGAGCGAUAUGGUAUUACACACAACCCUAAAACACGUUUCUGGGGUCCGGAGAUCAGCCUCUUCUACAAGCAGCGCUUCGGCCUCUACCCUUACCUCACACACUCGGGGUCAGCCGUGAAUGGAGGCAUCCCUCAGCUUGCUGAUCUCAAGGCUCAUCUUUCGCUGACUGAAGGGAAGUUAGAGGCAGUGCUUGCCCAGGACUUCUCUGGAUUGGCUGUACUGGACUGGGAGGAGUGGCAUCCUCUGUGGAGCAGGAACUUUGGCGCUAAAACAGCCUACCGGAAGCUCUCCAAGAGGCUGGUGACGUGGAACCACCCAGAGCUGAUGCCGCCGGAAGUGAGGUCUCUCGCCAAGAGAGAGUUUGAGCAAGCCGGACGGGCCCUCAUGCUGAAGACACUGCAGCUCGCCAUGAGCCUGCGCCCUGCUGGAUCCUGGGGAUUCUAUGGCUUCCCGGCGUGCCAUAACACUAACCCAGGAGGACGGACUGGCUACACCGGGGAGUGCCACAGAGGCACCGCACAGCUUAAUGACCAGCUGGCAUGGCUGUGGCGGCAAAGCAGUGCCCUCUACCCCAGCGUGUACGUGCCAUGGAAACUGGCACAGCGUGGACACAUUCAGCUCAUGGUCCGACACCACAUACUUGAGGCCCUCAGAGUCGUAACCCAGCAUGCAACAGACUUGAUGCCCACUCCUGUAAUACCCUAUGCAAGAGUAGCCUUCACACACACACUGCACUUCCUUAAUAAGACAUAUUUGGAGAACACGCUGGGAGAAAGUGCAGCCUUGGGAGUAGAUGGGAUGAUACUCUGGGGUGAACUUAAGUUUGCAAAGAAUAAGCAUCAGUGUCUGAAGCUGAAGGACUACAUUGAGAGUGUGCUGGGUGAGUAUGUGGUUCAGCUGCGUCAUGGAGUGCAUCACUGUGGCCAGGUUGUGUGUGGGGGUCACGGACGCUGCACCAGACGAAAGCCCCACUCAGGUCACAUGAUCCCCCUCGGCAACAAGAUGCCCGACCCUGUCCUGCUGCGCAAAGCAUUCCAGUGUGUGUGUCAUGGAGGGUGGAGCGGCCAGGCCUGUGAGCAGAGACACACACCUGCCACUAAGUGAAGUGCAGUGUGCUUACAGAGACAGACCACACCUUACACCUCUACAUGUUUCACAUGAGGGUGUGUGCGUAAGGAUUCUUUAACAUUAAACACUUCUGGAAAUAGAUCUGGACAUGAGAUGACUUGGGAUGUAGAGAUGAUUUAGAAAAAAACGCAUCUCUGCCUCAUUUCAUUCUACUUGGCAGUAUUCACUGGAUUAGCACAGAGCACACACACACACACACACACACACACACACACACACACACACACACACACACACACACACACACACAGGCAGUAUUCACUGAAUAAGCACAAAGCAAUACAAAUAGACCAUGCCGGGGACCAAUAAAAAAGUGAUGCUUUAUAACAUUUACAAACAUGAAAUAGUUCACAUUCGUCCUUAAAGGUAUUACCUAACUCAGAAAAGUAUUAGAGAUUUAACAUUGUGAACUGGCCAAUUCUCUGAGAGGCCAUUCAGACCUAAAAUCGGUUGGUGCGUUGUGAGAUGCUUUGCUGUGAUGUAAUAACCACUAGGCUUAAAAUGUAGCAAUGCUUGUCAUGUCGGUAGGGAACUGGAGGUGAGAAAAGUCUAUGUAGAAAUAUGUUAAGAGUAUGUGGACACUCUUUUCACACUAAAAUGUGAACAGUGAAAACAUUUUCCAAUAUUCCUAUUCUAUGCAUUCCUAUUCUAUCUGCUAUUUGUAUUAGGUAUUUUAAAUACUUUUAUUUACAUUUUAGAUGACAUGGAAAGUGUAUAGCUUGAAACAAAGUAAUAUUGGAGAAACACUGACUUAACAUAAUGUCUUGAGUUGUAUCAGUCUAACUACUGACUAACCUACAUACUGCAACAUUAAUCCUCAGGUGAUGGUAAAUACUUGCUUUGUAUGCUAACAAAGUAUUUUCAUAGUUGUCUGAAAACCUAACCUUACCUAAUAAAGAAAUGUCUCAU